ACUUCUGCUGAACUUAAAUCUAAGACGAGGCAAUAGAUAUUCAGAAAAAUGAACUUGAACAGGCUUCUUUUAAUAUCCAAAUCAGUGAAACUUGGAAGCCGUUUACUUACAUCUCGAACUGGACAAACCGGGAAAGACUUAGCUGCUCAGUUACAAGUGCAGCGUUCAAUCAAAACAAGUUCAAGGAAUUUGGCGUAUGCUAAGGAUCUGUUCCUUGGAAAAGUGAACAAGGCUGAAGUUUUUCCCUAUCCGGAAAUCAGUAAUGAAGAACUCGAAGAGAUCAAGCAGUUGGUGUCGCCGGUGGAGAAAUUUUUCGAUGAGCAUGUUGAUUCAAAAAAGAUCGAUGAGGAAGCCACAAUCCCUCCUGAGACAAUGAAUGGGCUGAAGGAGUUAGGACUCUUUGGUAUCCAAGUGCCAGAGGAGUAUGGAGGACUUGGGCUCUCUAACACCAUGUACGCCCGGUUAGGGGAAAUCACCUCCUUAGAUGGCUCUAUCGCAGUCACUCUUGCCGCUCACCAAGCCAUCGGUCUGAAAGGUAUCUUGAUAGCUGGGACAGAGGAACAGAAGGCUAAAUAUCUUCCCAAGCUGGCCACUGGGGAACAUGUUGCAGCCUUUUGCUUAACUGAACCUGGAAGUGGGAGUGAUGCUGCUUCGAUUCAGACCCGUGCCACACUGACAGAAGAUGGGAAACAUUUCUUGAUCAAUGGCUCAAAGAUCUGGAUCUCCAAUGGUGGGUGGGCAGACAUUAUGACAGUUUUUGCCAGAACUGAAGUGGUGGAUAAAGAUGGACAGAAGAAAGACAAGAUCACUGCCUUCAUUGUGGAGAGAGCAUUUGGGGGCAUUUCCAGUGGAAAGCCUGAAGACAAACUUGGAAUUCGAGGCUCUAACACAUGUGAAGUGACCUUUGAGGACACAAAGGUGCCAGUGGAGAAUGUCAUUGGAGAGGUUGGUGGCGGAUUUAAGGUUGCCAUGAACAUUUUAAAUGGUGGAAGGUUCACUAUGGGCAGUGCAGGUGCAGGAAUGAUCAAGAAGCUGAUUGAGUUGACAGCAGAUUAUGCCGCGACAAGAAAGCAGUUUAACAAAAGGCUCAGUGAGUUUGGAAUGAUCCAGGAAAAGUUUGCCGUUAUGGCUCAGAAUGCCUUUGUGAUGGAGAGCUUGUCUUACCUCACGGCUGGAAUGAUGGACAGACCAGGUCUUCCAGACUGCUCUUUAGAGGCAGCCAUCGUGAAGGUCUUCAGCUCUGAAGGAGGAUGGGUGUGUGUUAGUGAGGCCCUGCAGAUUUUAGGAGGUCUGGGCUACACCAAGAACUACCCCUACGAGCGUUACCUCAGGGACUGCCGCAUCCUGCUCAUCUUUGAGGGGACCAAUGAGAUCCUGAGGAUGUUCAUUGCUCUCACUGGAAUGCAGUAUGCCGGGAAAAUACUAACAGGGAAAAUAAAGGAGAUGAAGAAAGGGAAUAUUGGUGUAGUGUUUGAGAUUUUGGGGAAGAAGCUCAAAGACAAUAUGGUGAAAACUGUAGAUUUGGGCUUGACUGGCAAAGAUGGUGUCGUGCAUCCCAGUUUAACGGACAGCGCUAAGAUGUUUGAGCAAAACGUGGUCCACUUUGGCUCCACUGUCGAGGGUCUGCUCUACAGAUACGGGAAGUCUAUCGUGGAUGAACAGCUGGUCCUGAAGAGAGUGGCAGACGUGCUCAUUAACCUGUACGCCAUGACGGCAGUGCUGUCCCGUACCAGCCGCUCCAUCGGCAUCGGCCUGCGAAACCACGACCACGAGGUUCUUCUCACAAACACAUUUUGCAAGGAGGCCUACUUUAAAAACAACUACUUGAUGGCUCAACUUCAAAAAAAUUCCCCAGAGAGCAACGAUGCCAACAUAAAGAAGAUUGCUCAGGAAGUCCUGGAGAAACGCGCAUAUAUCUGCUCACACCCUCUUGACAGAACUUUCUGAGUUGUCCAUGGCGACCUCAGAGGCCUUUCCGUCUGCCCAACUCUGAUUGGGCACCAAGUCCAGUUCCAUCACACAAGAUCUGUCCACCAUAUCUCAGUCAAAACUGAACGUUUUCUUAACUGUGUAUAGGGAUCUCAUUUAGUACAGCGACUCGACUGUUUAACACUCAAGUUAUUGCAGCAGAGGUUAUAUUGUAAAUGCUCAUGGUGCUAACACACAUGUUAAAUUAAAAAUACAAUGAUGUUAGUCCCCCCCGUCCCCCCCUUCCUCAAGAAUUGCUGCAUUAACUUCUUCUUUUUCUGUUUCAUAUGAAUUUCCUUUAUUGUCUGUCAUGAGUUGAUGUGAAUUAACAGGGCUUAGUAAAUCUUCGUGAUUGUCGAGCUGAACUCAUCAGCUCAUCCACAGUGCUAUAAAAGAAGAGUUUUAUUCAGUGCACAUGCAGAGUGACACUGUCGUAGGUUCUGCUCUCUAUAAUGUUUCCAGUGUGCUUAGUUUGGACCGAAGCCCUGUACGUCUUUGCAGAGGGUUUCUUGAAAGUGAAUAUGCUCCUCUCCUCAUCUGUAAGAGGCAGGGCAGUCCGUUUGUACCGAAACGAACGGGGCCUCCAGAAUUGUCUGCAGAUCACGAUAAAAAUGAAGGUUGUUUGUGUAUCUUCACAGACUGUAUGUAUGAACAGCAGACGUAUGUGAUUUUCUUUUGCACGUCUUGGCAAAGAGCUUGGUAAAAAGGAAAACCUGUAUUUCCUUAAUGGUAGGGGAACUUGCACAGGUGUUUUUCUUUCCUUCUUUUACUUUAUUUGUUUUGAAUGAGCACUGGCCAAUGUUACUCACCUGAAGUGAAAUUCGCUGUACUGGGAGGAGUGUCUUGGAAUGGUGUUGAGGUCCCAGCUUAGGCUGUGGUUCUGAAAGGGACCGGGUGCAAAGGCUAUAUUGGCCUCUCUCUCCAUUCUCUCUUUAUCUGACGGCUGGGGAUGCUGUACCACAGAGACCACUGGAAUAGGCUGAAGAACAACAAAGUGAUUUUGUUUUACAUACCCAUAUUUCUGGAAGCAACGGAAAUGUCAUUUAUUUCUGACCAUACACAAUAUAUUUAAAAGUUUGUUUUA